AUGGUCAGCAGUGGAUCAAGUACACCGCAACGUCCCUUUGGCGGCUUCCAAUUUGGAGCACAGUUGACCAGCUCCCCGACUAUUGGCGCUGACCUUUCCCCGCGUGCUGCUGUCAUCUUCAAGGGUCUCAACAAACGGGACUCAACGACAAGAGCAAAAGCCGCAGAUGAAUUGAUCGAAUACUUGGGUUCUGCAGAUUAUAACGAAGAUGAGAGCGAAGCAUUGAUUGCAAAUUGGGUAUCGGUCUAUCAGUCUCUCGCCCUCGAUAUUGACCGCCGCGUGCGCUCAUCUGCGCAUACUGUCACGGGCAAGCUAGUACUGAAGUACGGUAGAAAGACUGCGCGCUUCAUGAAAUCCGAUAUCUCUGGCUUGUGGAUGCUGGGACAGUAUGACGGUGACCGGCCUGUGGCGAGAGCGGCGACUGAUGCAUUCGAGGCAGCUUUUGCCUCUGCAGAGAAGCGAACAAAUUUCACCAAAGUGUUUGCUUCCAGUAUCUGGCACAAGGCAUAUGAGCUUGCCUUUGAGGAGACUGCCGACAGCUUGAGUGAUGCGCGUUUUACCAAGCCAGCAGAGGCAGACGCCAAGUACGACAAUACUGCAGCAUCUGCCAUGGCUGUCAUGACCCGAUUGAUAUCGGCGUCUGCAGUGGAAACUGAUGUAUUGCACACGUUGUUGGCCGACGCCUCGAUUUGGACGGUCAGUCUCAAGUCUUCUGCCGUGCAAAGGUCGGCGCUCACUCUGAUCAAGGCUGCUCUGGAUGCGACGAAGAGGAGUGAUGCAGAAUCUGAAGCGUGUUCCAAGCAGAUAUCAAAGAUGCUCCCAAAAGUAGAAGUUGGCAACAGUAUCGCUGCUCUCGCUUUGCUCGAGUGCCUCAGAAGUUCUUCGGCACAAAGUUUAUUCAUGGCAGGUAUCAGCAAGGGCACUCUGGCUCAGCGCCUGCCACUUUUUAUCGAACGCAUCACAGGUUCUGGCGUUCCAGAUUCCUAUUGGGCCAAGUUACAAGUGCUUCUCGAAGCAGAACACGCCUCACUAGAAGAAAAUACAGCCCUCCGGCAAUCUCUACGGAUAGCGCUGUCAAAAGCCGCGAGUGGCGCUACGAGGAUGCAAGCAGAGCAAGCUGCGCUGGCGUAUGCUUUUAUGAUUGUCGAAUUCCAGGAAGACCAAGUUGACGAAGAGAUAAUCUCAAUCAUCACACGUCUGGUAGAUCAAGGUCAACUCAAGUCAGACGAUGCUUGGGCGAGGCAUCUGAAGAAGAUAGCUGAGCCUGCGCGAUGUGAUGCAUUCAUCGCUAUUACCACAAGCAUUCUCAAAUCUACCGCAAAACUGAGCGCGGCACAGCAGCGCUCUGUCAAGAGUUGGUUUCACGUCAUUCACGCUUCCACAGAGUGGCUCGAUACAACGCGCUUGGCCCAGGAAUUAGCGACACCCGCUGCAUCCGCUAUUCAGAAAUUCGAUGAUGCCCCUGAUUCGAGAUUGCUUGUUUUGACUGAGCUUUUCACUGUUUUACCUGCAUUGAAACAAGGCCCUAUUGCCGAUGACCUUGAUGAACUGCUGCGGGUGUUGAACUUAAGUGGAAGCAUCAAUGGCUCCCAGCUUCUGCGCGUCGCCCACUCUGACGACACAGCGUACAUACAAAGUGUACAACUCACGUUGACCAAAAUGGGUUCUGAUCAAGACCGAAAGAUUGCUUGGCUUAUGCCUUUAUUUGACACCAAUCAGGCCGCGGUGGGACCAGUACUCGCAGAAACCUUGCAGCAGACUCGACCGUCAGUUAACGGCACCAAUCUGCAGCGAUUCAUGGAAGCUACAAGACUACUUGUUGAGCAUAAGUUUGUCGUUUCAGCUGAGUUGUGUGAAGUGGUGAUGCAAGUGUGGCUCCACGCAAUCAAGAGCGACCUGAUGCUUGUUGCCGAGGCUAUGGAGCACUUUGCUGCACACGGACUUGUGCAACCGUUGCAACUUGCUUGGUCAAGUAAAGACUUUUUGUCUUCUCUUUUCCUGCAAGAAGAGGAACAUGACGGCACUUCAAAACGCAUUCUGAGUUGCAUAUCUCAAGUCGUUGAAAAGGAACAGCUGGCACAAACCUUUAGAGACUGUUUCCUUGAUGCGCAUAGUACAAUACCGAUCAGGGCUCUUCUGCAAGCAUUCUCCACGUUGUCACUGACUUGGACAGAUCUGGAUCUCGACAAUGAACUCGAACAUGCGCUGGAGGAGGCCGCUCCCUCUGCUUUCCCGGAUGAGAUGCUGAUCUUGGGCCCUACUAGUCCUGCCCGGCAAUUCACAAGAGGGUCAGACCAGACGAGUCAAUUGAAUCUAGUCGAGGGCUUCAAUGCAGCAUACCGAUUAGGUCUUCUGCUUGACAAAAGCAAUCAAAACCUUGAUGCCACUCAGUCAGAACUUUUAGCGACCUGGACCGAAAUGGUUGAAGAUGGCGCCCUUCACCCACAAGCAAAUCAUAUGUACAAUGAUCAUGCACAGCUGACGCUUUUGCAAGAUCAUGAUGCUCUUCGCUCACCAGACAACAUAUCAAAUCGCAUCCAAGCGUCAAGAGGAUCUAGACCGAUGAACUUUUACAAGGCAAACCUACUCUACAAGGAACUCUGUCGCUUGAGAGAACAGGGAAUAUCGACAGAAGACGCUGAAAGAGUCUACAUCGAAUGUUCUGAAGGUGACGACUCCUUCUUGCCAGUCUUCGCAUGCUCUGUUGCCCUCAACGAAGUAUUGUUCAAGUCACAAAAGGCAUCGUACGCGCGCAACAAGCUUGCGAGUGAUUUGACGCGCGACGCACAAUCACCAGAGGCCCUACGUCAAAUGUGGCUGCUAUAUGCGCUUCUGCCCGAACCAUCUGAAGUGAGUGGCCCGCUAUUGCCCCGACAGCGUGCAGUAUUCUUGCUGCAAGCCUUGCUGAAAGCCAACGUGGACGACGCCCUGCAUACGUAUGCUCGACUAACGCUUCUCUUGCGAUUUUUCGAGGAGCUCAAGACUGAAUAUGGUUCGUUCUGGGUGUUAGCUGUUGAGCUAGUUCAACAUUCUCUGCAAAAAGCACAAGAUGGAAGUGUUCCGUUACAAUACGCGGCCAGCAAAGCCUACAGCUGGCUGAAAAGUAACUCCGAAUCCAACGACGAUCUGAGUGAGGCCUACCAGUAUGCGAAGAAAGACUUGGAAUUCUGUGUAGCCAAGCUCUUCGUGGCGAUAUUAGAAACACAUCUACAAGGCCAGGCAAGUACACUUGUUACGCUGCUAGUUGCGCGGCUUGCUAGAGGUGUGUCAAAUGCGGUAUUGCAGUCUGAAGACGUCUCUUCCCGAAUGCCGGUCGCUUUGCUCUCGCCCUUUGUGCACAUACAGCUUACGGCUGCUCACAUACAAGCUGCUGCCCUCGUCAGUGAACGCGACAGCAUGAUUUUGGCAACUACCCUGACGAAAGAAUACGAACAGCUCGACGUAGGCGUGUCUCCCGCUCUUUUGUCCAUUGUCCUUGACUCGCCGGUCAUGGAUGAGGAGGGUGUAGAUGUGAUCCCCGAUCCCCUACCUACAAACUUACGAGGCUACCUCUUGGCAUGGAAGUGUCUCUAUGGCUACUUCGAAAACGUCCCACUGCGAAUGAAGGUCAAACUCGUCAAGGACUUGGAGGAUGCCGAUGUUCUCGAACCUCUGCUUGCACUCAUCUUUGUUGCUCUUGGCGUCGAUACGCCGAAGCCUAAGGACAUCUCCAAGAUUGAGAAACUGACGCUGGACCACGGUUUUAACAACGGGCAAGGCGAAUUGCAGGCAUACGCAGCACAUCUGUACUGCCUCUGUCUGAUACAUACACCGAAUCUGGUGCGGUCCUGGUGGAUCGCAUGCAAGGAUAGGGUGUUGACUGCGAAUAUUGAAACAUUCACUGAAAAGUACUACUCGAAUCUUCUGAUUCAGUCAGAGCUGGCUUCAGUGCACAGUGACAAUAUACGAAAAGCAAUCCAAGACGACAAUUUGGAAGUACGCCUCAGCAAUCUCGGCCGAGAUGUCAUUGUUGAGUACACUGUGGACGAUCAGACUAUGCAGAUGGCCAUUAAACUACCUGCCAAUUUUCCACUCAGGAAGGUGACGGUGGAGGGCCUGCAAAAGAUUGGAGUCAAGGAUGCACAGUGGCGCGGCUGGCUGCUGUCAUCACAAGCAGUCUUGACUGCUCACAACGGCACCAUCUUGGACGCCAUUGUCCAGUUUCAGAAGAAUGUCUCGCUACACUUUGAGGGCAUCGAGGACUGUUCGAUUUGUUUCAGUGUGUUGGCGGUGGAGGACAGGUCUCUACCGACGAAGCGGUGUGCUACUUGCAAGCAUCUCUUUCACGGCUCAUGCCUGUACAAGUGGUUCAAAUCUAGUGCCCAAGCUACUUGUGCACUGUGUCGGAGCUCAUUUUACAGCACUGAUUAG